AUGACGCAUUACAAAAAAUAUUUUUUAAAUAAAUCAUUGAUUACUAAUAGUAGUUCGAGUUUGUCUACAAAUGUACGAUCGGAAGGUUUUGUAAAUCCAACGUCAAAUGCCGAACUUACCAUUUUUCCCCCACCGGGAGUUAAUUCCGGUCAAAUAUGUCGAUUCGAACCUUUACCAGAUAUUAAACCGCAAAUUCCGAAUUUGCGACCGGCUGCAUUCAGCUACAGCGAACGAGAUAUAUCAUCUCAAGAUUGGUUUUGUAAGUUGAUAUUUUCAAAAAAAUUUUUAUUACCCGAACCUUGCAGUAAUUUUCCUAGAAAUCAGUUAAAAUACGUCGAAGAAUACGGUCGAGGAUGGUUCGGAAAAGUGGUUAAGGGAGAAGCUCAAAAUAUUAUACCGAAAGAAAAAGUAACAAAAGUAAUGGUUAAAAUGUUGCACGAAGAUGCCACGCCAACGGAUCAAAUGUAUUUCUUGCACGAAGUUAAAUUUUAUAAAGAUUUGAAUCAUCCCAACAUUCUUCGUUUGUUAGGACGUUGUUUGGAAACCGAACCGUUUCUCGUUAUUCUUGAAUGCUACCCUAAUGGUGACUUAAAAACCUUUUUAUCACAAAACUUGGCUAGUGCGAGAGCUUUGUCUGAACAAGGUGUAACGUUACAAAUGUGUUCAAACAUAGCUUCUGGUUUACAGUACAUGCACAAAAAUAAAUUUAUUCACACCGAUUUGGCUGCUCGGAAUUGCUUGGUUGGACCAGAUUUAACAAUAAAAAUAGGCGAUUAUGGAAAUUCUAUUGAAAAUUUUAAAUCCGAUUAUUACUGCGCUGGCUCCGUUGCACUUCCAAUACGAUGGUGCGCACCGGAAACGUUAAAAUGUACCGAUGUGACAAUUGAAACGCGGGAAGUAACUCCUCCCGCAAAUAUAUGGUCUCUGGCCAUUGUUUUCUGGGAAAUUUGCGAGUUUUGUAAGUUGCCCUACUCCGAAUUAAAUGACGAUCAAGUAAUCACACGAGUUUUAGGCGAUAAAAACUAUUUUUUGGAAAAACCCAAUAUGUUUUGUCUACAUAAAGACGAAUUGUACCAUUUGAUGAAACUCUGUUGGAACCCACCGUUACAAAGACCCACAGCAUCUCAGUUAUUAAUUAUUCUCGAAAAUUUAAUUUCAAGUAGAAAAAUAGAUUCGAAAAGACUUUCUCAAGAUUUUGAGCAAAGAUGGCAAAAUUUACGUCCUAAUUACAUACCCAAAAAAGAUGAUAAUGUGGAACACGAUUACACUGCCGGUUGUAAUGUUAUAUCGACAAAAAUAAAAAAUUCUAAAGUUGUUGAUUCUUCAUUGGUAGAAUCACCUUUAGGAUAUUUUAUGUCUAGUAAAAAUUCUGCUCAGGAGUCCCCGCGAUUUUGUUUAAAAUCGAAUAAUACCGAAGAAUAUGCUGACGUUCAUACAUCUGACGAGGAAAGGAAUAGCAAAGAUAAUAAUAAUUUAAAUAUUGAACAAGGUGCUGGUGAAUCUGGAAAAAAGACGGAAUUCCAAUUGAACACCGAGACUUCUGUACCUGACGCACUGAAUCCUAACAAUAAAUUUAAAAGUUCGGAGAAUGAUGUUGAUUCGUGGUUAAGAGGAGUCGAAGUUAAUAAUGAAGAAGAUGAAAGUUUUUUGCAGAAAAUAUCGGAAGCAAUCAGAGAUUUGGAUGCAGCUUUGGCGAUGGAAAAAACAUCAUCAAGCGAAGAGGGUAGCGGAAAGUCGAGUCAUCAAAACAGUCCGGAGAAAGACGUGAAAGAUAAUAAUGAAAUUGUAGUCGAUUUUAAAUUGGGAAGCGAUGUUUCGUCGUUUAAAAAUUUCACUCAAAAAUCGUUUGAAUUAAAUUCCUUACAAAACUCGGAACAGCCGCAAAGUUUAAAUUUUGCCGAUCCCUACAUAAAUGACGAUAAUAAAAAGGGAUUCGAAGAAAAUUCGGUCAAAGGAAAUGACUUCGUUUCCGCUUUACAAGACAAUAAAAAUAAAUUUGAUAUGAAAAAUUAUGGUUUUGAUGAAAGUUUAAAAGAAAAUGAUUCAUUAACUGGAGCGCAAUCUCGUAAUAGUUCCGACACUGAUGAUGAAGUUUGGAGGAAGCGGAUCGAACGUGGAGAAAUAUCGGAAAAGGUUAAAGAAAAAUCCAAAAGCAUUGCGAAUUUAAUGAUUUUAACUCACAUAGAUGUGAGCGAUGAAAGUGAUAAUGAUAUGGAAAGAAAUUGGAAUAGAAAUUCAUUUUCUAGAAAAAGUGGUUCGUUCGCUAAAUCCUCUUUGUCAUCAAAUAUAUUCGGAUCUGAAAAUGAUAUAUCGAACGCUGUUUUAGAAGAUGAAUUUAAGGAAUCGUUGAAAAAAUUAUCAAACGAUCAUAAGGAAUUUGGCCGAUUCGAUAGUUUGGGCAUGAUAAUGCCAACGUUUGCAGGACGGGAAAAUGCUUGGGAAAAUUUACUUAAAUGCAAUGACGUUUCGGAAAUUUCAGAUUCUAAAAAUCCAACACAAACGGAUUUAAAUAAAAGUGUGGAAGUGGAAGAAUUGAAAUCAGAAAAUGUCGGUGAUGAUGAUGAUAACGAAUUUCAAGUAAAAAAAAAAAAAGUCGGGAGUAAUUUUUUAGAAAAUGGUGAUUUUGAAAUAGGAAAUGGAGGAAAUUCAAAUUUAAAAAAUAUCGAAAAAAAUGAAUUUUGCACUACGGUGAUUGAAGGAGACCUCGAAUCUCUUUGUCAUAAAGAUUUAAAUGAAGCACAAAAAGAAACGAGUUCAAAAUGUGAUGAUGAUGAUAAUGAUGAUGAUGAUGAAAAUAAAAUAAACAAUUGCAAUGAAACAACAAUAAAGUCUAGUCAUUUAAUAGCGGAAAACACAAUUGAAAAACCUGUAAAUGACGUAAUAGAUUCACAUCCGGAAAAUAAUAAUAUUGAAAAAACAUCAAAGAAUGAUUUUUUAAAUAAUGAAUCGGAACGUUCGGAAAAUUGUUCCGAUAUUAUUUUUUCAAUGUCAGAAAAUGAUAAUAAAUCGGACAAAGUGAAAAGCACGUCGGAAACUGCGAACGAUUUAAUUGAUGAUUCAAAAAAUUUUAUUACUGAUAUUUUAGAAGCCAAUAGCGAACCGACAAAAUGUAAAAAUAGUUUAAAUAUCCCUGAAAUCACUGUUAGCGAAGCAAAAAAACAAGAUGAUGAGGAUUUCGAGGAAACAUUUGAUUUUCCACCUACGGUAUUAAGGCCUUUUAAAUUCGUUAUGAAAAACUCUGAAAUCCCAAAUAUUCUAAUUUCAGAAGAAUCAGACAAUUUAGAACCUGAUGAUGAACAGAAAGAAGAAGAAGAAGAAGAACCUUUCAAUUUUAAUUUUAAUGACAAAGUUCCGAAACCUCGAAAAUUUGUUUUAAAAGAUGAAUAUGAGGAAAACAACAGUGAAAAUACCUUAAAGGAAAAUAAUUUUUUAGAACAUGUUCCAAAAAACUUAAAAGAGGGGGAUGGAAAGAUUGAUGAUUCAUCCGAUAAUGUUGAUUCUCUAAUCGAAAAUAUAAAUAGAAAAAAUAAUAAUAAUAAUAAUAAUAAUAAUAAUCAAGAAGAUUCAGUAAUAGUUGGCGCAUGCGAAGAUUAUACUUUAGAAUUUUUCAAGGGUUUAACAACUACAUCCGAAGAUGUUAACUUCCAAAAAAACUAUUCCAUUGAUAACGGCAAAGAUUUUGUCAACGUGACUGAUUGCGAUCAUGAAAAAAAUGGUGAUCAUUUCGAUUGGGAUAAACACCUUGAGAAGACAUUAAACGAACAAGUGAGAAAUCAGGAUUUUGCAGAUAUAAGUUUUGGAAGUUUCAAUUACAACGUAGCAGAAUCGGACUGUCUUCUUGAAAACAAUAAGAACGAUUUACAAAAUUGUUCAAACAUUGAAACCCUUGUGGUUUGCCCUGUUGAAAUAAUAACAGAUUUUAUAAAGUCGGAGAAAGUUCACACCGACAACAUGUCUGACGCUUACGAUAUGCAUAAAUUAUCGAGUCUUACUGGUUUGGUAAACGAAGAAGAAUACGAUAAUUUUAAAUUAAGGACUCCCGAUGAUGAAAGAAGCAGUGAUUCAGGUUUCAGGGAUAAAGGAAGCCUGAGUGAAAGCGUCGAAGAUGCUUGCGAGGGCAAAUACAACUUGGAAGAUAUAGAAGCCGAAUUGGAAGAAGCAUACGUAAAAGGAGCUUUUGAAAAUUGCGAAGAAGAAGAAGAGGAGGAGGUGGUGGCGGUGGAGGAGGAAAAAGAGAAAAAUAUCGUUAAAGACUCAGGAAAUCAAAAUAUAUUCGAAUAUGAAGAAUCAAAAUUUUACGAGGAUGAAAAUAAAAAUGACGAUGAAUUUAGUGAUAUUGAUGGAGAAAUAGAAUUUUGGCAAAAUAAAGAUGGUUCGGAUUAUUAUCCUGAAAUAUCUGAAUUUAAUCCGACUUGUUCCCAAGGAUGGUAUUUACAUCCCCCCGAUGAAAACGGUAUGACUUUUAACAGGAGCAUGAAUGAAGACAUUGCAAACGCUAUAAGGAAUGAACUUCGAGAAAAUCUUCCGGUUCAAACGAGGAGUUUUCACGAUUUCAACGAUGAUUACAAUAAUGAUUUUUCCGCAGAAGAUUUGAAAAGAGUUUUGAAUAUUUAUCCGAGUGAUUUUUCCGGUCCUCUAAGUCCCAUUAUAGAGGAACACGAUCCGUCGAUUAGCGAUAGUGAAAAAAAAGGUAAUAAAAAUUGUUUUUUCGAAGGAAAUAAUAAUUCCAGCAGUAAAUUAAGGAAAAAUGUUGUUAACCUAAUGGAAUCGGUCAAAUCAAUCGAUACGAAUACUUUUAUGCAAUACCUCGAUUACAUGGUUGAAAAUGAAGGGAAAGGUUUGGAUGAGCUCGAUCAAAUCGCUAGCGAAAAUUGCGAUACGGAAGAACCGCAAAAGAAAAUCAUUGAAGAUAAUGAUGAAAAUUGUAAUGCAUCAAAUGAAAAUUCGGAUAUCGCCAUCGGAGAAGAUAAUUUAAAGGAAACGACGGUGAAAAAGGAAAGUUUUUUUUUAGGGCAGAAUGAUACCAACUCGUGCAAAAAAAGAAACAAUCAAAAUAUAAAUUUUAAUGAUGAUUUAUUAAUGGUCGAUGUCAAUACCAAAGCAGAAAAUAAAAUAAAACCGGAACAGGAAGCGUUGUUUUUGGAUGAUGAUGAUAAAAUGAAUGAUGGUGAUGGUAUGGAAAUGGAAGUGGAUGUUAAUUUUAACGAUGAAGGUUUAAUUUUUUCUCCGGAGAUGUCAAGUCCCGAUAGGGAAAGAAGUUUAAGCGAAAUUUCCAAAAGUUCUAAUGAAACGCGAACGGGAGAUGCUCUUUCCGAAAUUACUUUAUCAUCUCCCGAUUUAGUACCCGAUUGCUUUUCUACGACCGUACACAAUCCCGAAGGAAGUGAAGCAACGGAAGAUUUAAAAAACGAUGAAAUGCGAAGUAAAAUAACCGUUACUGAUGAGGAUGAUGUCACGCACGAUUUAAUAACUCAAAAUCAACUUUUUUUACUCAACGAACAGAAAAAUAUAACGGAGUACUCUGAAAAACCUGAAAAACUUUUAAACCUGAAAACGAACGAAAUAGAUUUGGAAAGUGAUGCGAUCGAAACUUUAGAAACAAAUGACCAGUACGAAAUGUCAACUUCUUUCAUGGGUGAGGAUGAUAACGAAGAAAACGAUAGCGAGGAAUUGAAAAGGUCGAACGAAAAAAAGGACACCGUUAAUGAUAAAAGCAAAUCGAUAGUCAAAGAAAGUUUUGAUGAAGAUUGGGAUAGCGAUAGCCUGGUUGCCGAAGAAGAAGAUGAAGAAGAAGAUGAAAUGGAGGAAGAUGAAGAAACUUCUUCAUCCAGUGGAGAAUUUAUAUGGAAGGAUGGAGAUAAAGUUUCAAAACUAAAAGCGAUGCAAAUAUGCGAUUCCAAUAUUGAAAAUACACUUUUCCAAGAAUCUCAUAACAACGUCGUUGCGAAAACGGAGGAAAAUGUACCCACCGGUAAAGAACAAAACGUGGCGAUGAUUAGCGGUUGCGAAGAAAAAGAUGAAAAGGGUAAAGAAGAGGGGGUGGACGACGAUGAUGACGGUGAUAGCGAAUCAUCGACCGGAAGUUCAGCUAGCGUGACUGAUUUUAUACCUUCGGCGUGGAAUAGCCAGGCUUUGCCCGGACGUCCGGUUUUGAAAAAUUCAGAUAAUUAUAAAUCGGACGAUCAACGUGAGCAAAAGAAAAAUGUUUGGUUCAAAAAGCAAAAAUAUCAUUGCGUAUACGAAUAUCCACGGGAACCGAGCGACACGGAGGAACCGGAAACUUACAAUCAAUAUAAUUACGAUCAAAAUUCAGCGGAUCCUUCGAACAAACAUUUUACGUUCGGCGUCAAUUCUGUCGAUUUAUGUAACAAACAUUUCCCAUACGUCAUCACGUCGAACGUGAUUAAUUUGCCCAAUUAUAAUAAAUGGGAUUUGUCGGAUGGAGACGACGGGGAUCUCAGUUUGACGGACACGGAUUCGGAUACGGGUUUUAGUAAAGGAAACGGAAAUAAUAAUAAUGCGAAAGAAUCAAAUUUUAAUUUUUACAAUUUAAAUUCUUUCGAUUACGAUUUCAACGGCGGAAGUAAUCUUGGAAAUCAAAACAAUUUUUCCGUGAGUUCGUCAUCUCGUCCGUUUCAGGGAAGUUCGAAUAAUCAAUUUUUCAUAACGGGAGAUCAAAUAAUAACGUUCGAUAGUCUCGGGAACGUGGACGAGUCGUCGCAAAAAUCAUCCGACAAAAACGAAUCGAUCGAGAGCGACGUGACGGAUUCGAGGGAUUUCACGACUCCCGACUCCGGUUUAGAAGAUUCCGAAAGCGCGAGUCCGCUCGAGAAAAAACCGGAAACGAAUUGUCAACCCAUACUUUUGGAAAUGAAUAAUCUCCAGGGUGGUGGGGAAUCGAAAGACGGAACCGUCAACAUACUGGACAAUUUAAAAUUUAAUUUCGCUCCCGAUGUGAUCGAAGCGACAAAUAAAAAAAGCGAAAGUAAAAGGUUCGUAGACGGCGGUGAAAAAUCUUCGAACGAAUCGAAUGGAAAAUUGGAAGAAAAAGGUUCGUUGAGUCCACUUUCUCCGAGCGGUUUGGGAGAAUUGAGGCACACGAGGGGAAGGUUGAAACUCGAUUUGUCUUUUAAUCACAACACGGAUCUCGGUGGUAUGAUGAACAAGAAAAUCAACAGAAUACAUUAA